UCAAUGUGACCGUUUCAAAAAAUCCCCGUCGCUUCGUUUUCACCCAUUUUUUCACUGGUGCGCGCGAGGAUGCCAGUGUUUGCUAGUUAACGGUCGCUAAAUCUGACUCGACUCUUUCUCUCUGCGCGAGGAUAUACACCGAAUGCACUCCGGGCGGCUGAUGCACUUUGGGUGAACUUUUUACUCUCUCCGCUGCUCGAGACACACUUCUACACUCCUAACGACUCGCGGCAUGGCGGAAAAACGGAGGUCCCCGUGCACUAUGAGCCUCAAGGCCCACGCGUUCUCGGUGGAGGCGCUCAUCGGCGCCGAGAAGAAACGGAAACUCGAGGACGACGACGAAGACAACAACGGUGAGAACUGCUUCGAGGAGGGGAACGAGGUCGCGAGCCUUAACGGGAGUCCGAGGCUCAGAACGGAGAGGCUGUGCGCCAGCACUCGGAGUUGCGAGAUUGAGUGCGCAAGUGACGGAUCCCCUGACUGCGACGAAGUGUUGUUGGAGAGCCCCCGGCCAUCAUCCCAGAGCGCGGCCCUGCUCGUGAGUGCUUCGGGAGAGGAGAUGCGCACAGACCUGCAGGGUUCUGACCUGUGGAAACGGUUCCACGAGAUCGGAACGGAAAUGAUUAUCACCAAAGCGGGCAGGCGGAUGUUCCCUGCCAUGCGCGUCAAGAUAACGGGAUUGGACCCUCAUCAACAAUAUUACAUCGCCAUGGACAUAAUCCCCGUAGACAACAAACGAUACAGGUACGUGUACCACAGCUCCAAAUGGAUGGUAGCGGGAAACGCGGAUUCGCCCGUGCCGCCACGCGUCUACAUACAUCCUGACUCGCCCGCGUCAGGCGAAACGUGGAUGCGGCAGGUCAUCAGCUUUGACAAGCUCAAACUCACCAAUAACGAACUUGACGACCAGGGCCAUGGCGCAAAUGUUUUCCAGAUCAUUCUGCACUCCAUGCACAAGUACCAGCCGCGCGUGCACGUCAUCCGCAAGGAGUGCGGCGAGGAGCUGUCGCCGGUCAAGCCCGUGCCCACCGGCGACGGCGUCAAGGCCUUCGCCUUCCCCGAGACCGUCUUCACCACCGUCACGGCCUACCAGAACCAGCAGAUCACCCGUUUGAAAAUCGACAGAAAUCCCUUCGCCAAAGGAUUCCGAGACUCUGGCAGGAACCGCAUGGGCCUGGAGGCGCUGGUGGAGUCCUAUGCAUUCUGGAGACCAUCGCUGAGAACGCUCACAUUCGAGGACAUCCCGGGAAUGACUAAACAAGGCGUUCCCGGUUCCCACGGAGGCAUGGUGGGCUCGCCGGCGCACACGCACCUGCUCUCCUCCUCCCCGUGCUCGUCCCCGGCCUUCCACCUGGGCUCGGGCGCCGGCCAGGUGUGCGACUACUCGGCCUGCGGCCGCGCCGGCCACGCGCUCCACCGCUACGCGCCGUCCCUCUCCGCCGCCGCCGCCGACUCCUACGGCCGGCUGACCGGCGGCCCGGUCUCCUCGGACGGCUUCGGCCCGGCCCGGUCGCCGGCGUACGACGCCGAGGGCUUCCCGUGCGGCCAGGGCGGACUGCCCCUCCAGAUCCCGGGCAUGCCGGGCCCCGGGGGCCCUCCUCCGCCGCAGCUCCAGUACCUGAUGCCCGGCGGCGGGCACGGCUCGCCCUUGCUCUCGGCCAACCAGGGCUCGCAGGGCUCGUACGGCGGCUUCCGGCUGCACAGCCCCUACGGCCUGUACGGCUACAACUUCUCCACGUCCCCGCGCCUGGCCGCCAGCCCGGAGAAGAUGGCCGCCUCCGCGCAGGGCUCCUUCCUGGGCUCGUCCCCGAGCGGCACGCUGACGGACAGGCAGGUGCUGUCGCCCAUGGACGGCCUCUCGGUGCUCGGGGCGAUGGGCCCGGCCGGCGGCGGCGGCGGCGGUCAGCACCAGAGCCUCUUCGACUCCAGGACUCUCGGGAGCCUGGGGGCCGGGCUGACCAGCCCCAGCUCACAAGUCACCGCCCACAUGGUUUGAGCCCCCACACACACCCCCCACACACACACCCCUCCUUGGCUCCUCCUCCUCUUCCUCUUCCGCACGGUUCUCGUGGCGUCGUCUGUACGGACGUCUGCCGUUCGUUGAUGUUGACUUUUCGUCGCGACGAGCGGGAAGAAAGCGGACGCUGAAAGUGAACACCUGUGUUGCUAUGGGGAUUAUUUGAUCAUCCGAGUGAGCAAGACGUGGCCUAUGGACUCCAUUCUCCGUGGAGAGAGAGAGAGAGAAAGAGCACAAGAGACACUUAAGGAGACUGUAAUACUGAGAGUGAACACACACACAGCCACUGGGCACAGUGGAGUCGUGAGGGUUUUUUUGCGUAUAGUUAUCCGUCAACACCACAUUCACUAUCGUUGUUUGACGUUUUUUUUUUUCAUUUUUUGUUGUUUUUUAAAACAUCUAUCAAGAUUGCUUCAUUUUACAUGGAAUUUGUUAGGAGGUCGUCAGAGUUCAACUCUGGAGAUGUUUGGGAAAUGGACUGGGCCAGGCAGCCAGAACCAGAACUCACAGAGCAACACCUGACCCAUGAGAACUAGAACCAACAUGGAAACCAGAACUAGAACUACAGUAUUUGACCCAUUUAGACAUGCAGUACAGACAGCACUUCAUUGGGAUUGGUGCGUGAGUGUGUGUGCGUGUGCAUGUGUGAAUGUGUGCGUGUGUGUGUGUGUAUGUGUGUGUGAGUGUGUGUACGUUCAUGAGAGAGAAAGACAGAUAUUCUGGUGGAUGUAUGUGUUUGUAUGUUGGUUUAUGUAUGUGUGUGUUAUAUAUUUCUUGUUAUCAAAAACACUAAAUCUCAAAGCAACGAGGGAGUAGCAUUAUGGGGCGAAUAAAGGAUCAGUUUAUACGCUGAUUUUAGUCUGGUACAGUUUGUUUUACGGGGCAGUGAUGACCUGUCCAUGUCAAGCAUGUUAAAUAAUAAUAAUAAAAAAUAAUAUUUCACAUUCAAAUUAGUUGUUUUGCACUUGGAUAAGCCACAUGUUGCCAUUUUUGUUGCUCCGACUACACAUUUUCAGAUUAAGGACAUGGCAAAAAUACAGAAUCAAUAUAAGUGUUAAUCCAAGAGUACAGCAUAGUAACCAACUAUCAGAAGCCUGUUAUACUGUAUGGGUGUGGCUGCACACCCACCUGAGAAGCAUCCAGAGACUGCUUGUCUGGAUCAACACACUACAGCACUUUCUUACUAUCUGUCUAAAUGUCUGUCAAACUCUGAAUGUUAUAUUUCACACUACACAUAACCAUUCAUAGGGUUGUUAUAAACCAUAUACUGCCUGUUAAUACACCUGUAAUAAACAAUACUUUCAAGGUGAAGUAUGAGUUAAAAGCCUGUGUUAUCCCCAAAAAGAUCAAUUCAGUUGUUCUCUGAGAGGUAUUGAAGUUCUGGUGUUGUAUAUCAUCUGUAGAAAUGAUGGAUAAUAAUAAUAAUAAUAAUCAAAAAACAUAAUUGCAGUAGCUUGUAACAACUUCUAUGAAUGGCUACAACGGUACAUGUUUUCAUUGUCUAUUCACAAAAGCCUGCAAUUCAGAGAGGGACAAGAUGAAAGCCAGAUGUGGCCCAGAGUUCAGCCAGAUGUGACCCAGAAUUCAGCCAGGUCUGGGCCAGAUUCAACCCUGAGAUGGCUGUUCUGUUGGCUGUUCUGUCGGCUGUUCUGUCGGCUGUUCACUGGUGCUGACUCACUCACCCAUGCACUUAUGGCAAAUUGACCUUUGAACUUUCUAUUUCUCCGGCCAGUGGCCUUAUACGGCAGCAGACAACUGGACUUCCUGAUUGCUGACCGUGGACCACGAUUGGCCUUUAUCAUUAUUGUUGUUGUUAUUAUUAUUAUUAAAAAAAAGAAUCUGAUGGAAUUAAAUUUGAGCCAAAUAAAAUUGUAAAAUAUAUUUUGUGAUUGACGAAAAGGAGCUUUAUUUACCUGUGUCAGUCUAUGGCCUCAUACAUGCAGCUGUCUGUCUGACUGACUCUGUGUCUGUUUCCCUUGAUCUCUUCCUCUGUGUAUUAAAAUGUCUGC